GGGAGACACCCUGUUCACGAUGUUGCCAAGUCGGACAGGGCAGCCACUGCCGAUAUGUUGCUCGCGAUCGCAAAAUCCGAGUUGAUGAAAGGUCCUUACUUGGAGCAACUUCUCAGCGACAGCAAGGAGCUUCGCAAACUCCGCAGUACUCUCAGUAUCAAUAGCAUCGUCGAUGCUAACGACACUGAUGUUAAGAGUCCUGCGGUGACACAGGCGUUUUCAAUAAGUCGAUCGUCUAACCCUCCUGUCUACAUGAGUGAGGCAGCAUGUCCAGCCUUUGCUAGCCGCCUAUGCAAGUACCUCCAGCCUUCCGAUCAUUCAGCAGAGAAACUCCCAGAAUUGCGCUAUACAGAUGAAUCAACCCUGUCGUCUUUGCUAGACAUCGACAUCCAAUGGCCCAGUCUGGCAUAUGCCCAGUUGCUAGUGCAAACAGCGCUCGGCCACGUCAAUCCAUCUUUCCAUUUAGCACUGAGGAAAGACACCCUCGAUGUUCUGCAAACCAUUUACCAAAAAGGGACAUUCGACGACCCGGCCCUCCAAUGCAAAUACUUCGCUCUCUUUGCUCUGGGGAAUGUUUAUACUACACCUCGAGACUCUUCACGGGCAGCCCCUCUGCCAGGUGCAUCCUAUUUUGCGAAAGCGCAUUCUCUCAUUCUAUUCAUUCCCGAACGGGCUAGUAUAAUUCAUGUCGAGAGUCUUCUCUGCAUUGCAUUUUACUGUCAGUUUAUGAACAGAUUCCACUCCGGCUAUCGGCUAGUAGGAACCGCCAUGCGGGUUUGUACCAGUCUCGGUUUGCAUCGUCCUAUCGCGGAGAGUCAAUCCCUGGAACGAGAACACUGUUUACGAUUGUGGUGGACUGUUUACGUGCUAGAUCGCUUUUGGGGGCAAAGGCUAGGAUCUCCUGCGCAAAUUGACGAUAAAGAUAUACACCUCGAUCUUCCAUCCGAGUCUGUUUCGAUGAUGCACCGCGAACAAUUCGCCGAUAGUACUUAUCAAAUAGCUACCGUCGGGCUGGCAAAAAUAUGCGGGAGUACGAUCAAGGAGAUCUACAGCCGACCACACUCGCCUGCAAGGUUUUUGCAGCACGAGCAGAAUAUUUUGCUUCAACUUAGGCAGUGGGCCCGGUCUCUUCCUGAAAGUAUGAAGCUUCAACAGGGAAAGUCUAAUCCUACACACCUUGUUCAAGCGCAUUUGCAAUUCAACCAUUGUCUUAUUGUGGCAAUUCGGCCCGUCCUGCUCUAUGUUCUCUAUGAGACGCGUCCCAAUCAUUCGGAUAAUUGUAAAGUGUCAUCAAUUGCGACUACGUUAAGCGAAGCAUGCAUACACACCGCGAGGCAAUCCCUAGCCAUGUGUGUGGAAGAGUGGACCACCGGAGCAGUAGCGGUAUUGGGCUACUCUUUUCCAUCCUUUAUCUUCUCAUCUGCGCUCAUAUUGAUGAUUUCAAGCAUCUUGCCAUUCGGAAACCCAAGCGAUCUCACUUCUGCUGAAUCCGGCAUGGAGAUUCUUAGGGUUAUGAGCCUCUCUGAGGAUAUUAUGGCAGAGACUUCUUAUGAGCGUCUUCGAUAUGUCCGGCAAUGCUUUGAAAACAGCACAGUGCUUUCUGAUCCUUCUUUUGUAGAUCAUAAGGCCAUUCCGGGUGAACCGACGGCGGCACCAAAUGCCGGUCCGUCUUUUGCAGACCUCAAAGAUAUUCAUAGCCCGGAUCAAUCAUCGGCAGCACCAUACUGCCUUCCACACACCACCCACUAUUCAAUCGGUCCCAGUGGUGGGUCUGCGCCUAUCAGUGAUGCCUCAUAUACAGUCCCCGAGCUGGCUCUGUACCAGCCAGACCUGCAGGCAUUCUUGGAUAUGGAUCAGUCAGACAUGAAUCUCGAUUCACUAGAGGACGGCGGGCUCUUUGCCGAUAUAGAUGUGUCUUUUUUAUGGCCUCCAGACCCCCAGUUCUGA